UAAAUACAGGGAUGACGGUGUUAUUCCAGUAUGGCGAACGCUUGGACAUUGAGUUAACACUACAGUUAAUAGCCUGCAAAACACACAAGUUUGAGGAAACAACCAUGGCGUAUCCGCUUUGAAGGUCCGCACGGCAAGAGACAGAUGCAAAAACGGGACAGGCCAGGAUCCAAGCCGUUCCGUAGCUGUUUAAGGAUCACAUAAAUCUCUUUGGUCACCAAACGAGCGUGUCCACGUUGCCAAAUUUCGGCCAGUAAUUGCACCCCAAAACAAAGGCGACCCGUGGUGAGUUGAUAGCGUCGCACGUGCUGAAAAUCGCUUUUGGACCGUGUUACUGCACCGCGCUCUAGCGUUCAAACGAACGCGCGUGAAGGUGAAGGGCAGCGGCCUCCUGAAUAGCGCUUGCGUGCGGCGCCUAUCCGUACGCUGUGGCCUCUCGAACACUAGAAGCGGCUAGUUUCGAAAUCGAAUCAGAUUUAUUCGAGCCGGCGAUUUGUCCGUGAUAAUUAUAGCUAUACACGAGAAUCUGUGGAUUUAAUGUAGACGGUGACAUAGAGCUUUAAACGGUGAAGCUGCUAAACUAAAUGUCACCACUGUGAGUCUUGCUGCAUGUGUAUUAAGGUUGGAGUGGUUUAUUGCACUUUAUUUCUCUGCUACCACUGUGGGUUAUGUGCUUGCAUGCAUGCUGAUCCCCAGGCUUUGGUUUUAUUAAAGCUGGUUUCCCAGGGGGUGGUUUUGAUUUGAACUUGAACCGCACUGAGAUCACUUACUCCAAAGACCAGAGUAACCUUGUUAGAAACACUGAAAGCUUUAGGACCAACUGACUGUGAAGCGUAGAUGCAUAGUCUGCAUAUUCUUUAUACAAUGAAAUUGGUCAUGAUUUGUUCAUGCUUUGGCUGUUAGUUUAUUCUUAUUAUUGUAUGUUAGAAGCUCAUUUGCAGUGUAGAGUUCAUUAGAUAUGUUGAAGCAAAGUCGUUAACAUCACUACAGGCUGUUAAUGUUUUAGAAGUGAAAGAUGAUUCAGUCUUCAGUAAUUGUUCAAAUCAGCCAGCUAGACACCAAGUUGAAGCUGCAGAGAUAAUACAGCAGUUGACCCUCUGUGUUGUAAUACAAGCAAUUGAACUGGAUUUGGGGAGGCUGGUCUUAUGUGGACAGCUCGAAAUACUUCAUUAAAUGGGGCGAUGAUAAGGAGGACCACUGUGUUGUCCCAAAUGAAACUUUGACUCCUGUAUUGGUGCCAGAAGUACAGAACUCAUCUCAAGGAGUGGAAAGAGGAGAUACAACUGAUGCUUCACUAAUGACAUAAGCGCAAACUGAUAUAAACACUACAAAGAACCUCUGACGGUUUACAGCCAUGAGUGUUCGACAUCCAACCUCCACAUUGGACAGGUUGAACAGUUUGACAUUAGGAGACUCAGAGCGCAGGUGCUCACCUGGGCUGGAGAGGGAGACACCACCUGAUCCCCCCUCAGAGACUACAGGUCUGGUCCAAAGAUGUGUAGUCGUGCAGAGGGACAAUUUGGGGUUUGGCUUCACUGUGUGUGGGGAGCGGAUCAAACUAGUGCAGAAUGUGCGGCCAGGUGGAGCAGCAGUCAAGGCUGGUGUUCAGGAAGGAGACAGAAUCAUUAAGGUCAAUGGUUCAUUGGUUUCAUCCAUGUCUCAUCAGGAAGUGGUAAAAAUGAUCAAAUCUGGGACAUAUGUGGCAUUGACUCUGCAGGGCCCACCUCCUUCAGCUACAUCUGUCCCUCUUCAGCCCCUCCCUACUGACUUCCUGCCCAAUCCCAGAACAGCACUGGGAGUUGAAACUCUGCCUCUCCCACCUCCACUGACGCCACCCACAGGAAGCAGCACCCCUACCCAGAGAAUCACAGGACCCAAACCAUUACAGGACCCUGAGGUGCAAAAACAUGCCACAGAAAUCCUGAGAAAGAUGUUAGAACAGGAGGAGGCAGAACUAGAGAACCUACUUGAGGAACAGUCUCGAAAUCCCUCCUCUUUCUUAGAGGAGCGAAUAGAAAGUGCCAAACGGAGAGCCAAUCAAGUCAGAAUGAAAAUUCAGCAAGAUGUGCAUAGAACGCGACCAGAAUCUAUUGCCAGCUAUUUCUCUGCUGGAGAAGGUCAGUUAUCAAUGGACUCCAAUGAAGGAGACAUUGAGGCAUGUGAGAGUCCCUUUUCUCCCUCCACCUUCCUGCAGAAUCCCCUGCAACACAGGCAGGAAUCCGACACACACACCUCUGACUCGGGAGGAAAGGCCCACAUCAUCGGACCAGAGGAAGAAGAGGAGAAUGAUGAGUACACAAUCAAUGAGAUGGACGGGCCGUUCCAGGACAUUGAGCUGCUAAAAAGUCGUCCAGCACACAUGACUGUGUUCAUGAGAUAUGUGUUUAGUCAACUACUAGAUCCCAACCCACUGCUGUUUUACCUGUCUGUGGAGGCAUACCUGAGCUCAUGUUCAAAAGACGCCCGUUUGUUCGCCCCUCAGAUCUGCUCCUACUUCCUGGACCAUGACGCUUCUCUGAAGAUUAAAGUCAGAGAGGAGUUCCUGACUGAUAUAGAGAGUCGACUCCACGCUCAGGAGGACAUUCGUGGGCCUCUGUCUGAAUUACAGCAGCAAGUGCUUCCAGAUAUUCAAGACCAACUUCAAGACUACAGGAAUAAGCAGAUGAUGGGUCUGGGCUCUCUGUUUGGAGAGAGUGAAUUACAGCAGUUAGAUGGAGACCCUGUGAAAGAGAGACAGGUGGUGGACAAGCAGGUCAUCGCACUCUGGGAAGUCCUUUCAAAACAUGAAGAGGAUAGAAGUUCUCCAUUAGCGUCUGCAGUUUAUCUGUAUCUCAGACACUCAGGCAUUAAGCUCAGAGACUCUAAAGUCUUUCCUGGCUUGAUAUCGGAGAAGGAGAAGUGGUUUCCAUUCUAUCCUAAAACUAAAAAGUUGAGCAGCACAAAAAGAGAGAAGGAUGGAGAAGAUAAGAAAAGAAAUCCCAUACUGAAGUACAUUGGGAAGCCCAGGAGUACAUCUCAGUCCAUGCAUCCUAGCAGUGUGCGAAACAUCAUUCAGCAGUUUGAGAAUCAUUCAGACUCUGUUGAGGAGGGAGAGACAGAGGGACAAAGAUUGUCUUCCAGCAGCUUAGGAGAGGACAGUAUGGACAGUCCUACCAUAUCAGUGCGUCUGGCUCGUAGUGAGUCGUUAAAAGCUCAGGGGGAGGGGCGACGACGAGGAAGUGGAACAGGGGUGGAGUCUGUCCACCGUUCCCGUAGCGAUGUGGAUAUGGAGGACUGUGAGGAUGGCGAGGGGCCGGGGCUGAGACCGCUACAUCACACCUCGUCUUCAGCAUCCAGCAGCUCAGCACGAUCGUUGGAGAACUCAACACCUCCAUACACUCCUGGUUCCCGACGCAGAAUUGUGGCCUCUCCGGUGCCUCUGUUGCCAGAUGCUCCUGCUCUGGAGGAGGACGUGAUCGACUCCCACAACUGGCAGGAGACGGUGGAACCGCACAUAUUGACGCUACUGAGCUCACGAGAGAUCGACAGACAAGCUGUCAUCUACGAGCUGUUCACCACGGAGGUGUCGCACUUACGGACUCUUAGGGUCCUGGAUCAGGUGUUCUUCCAGAAAAUGCAGGAUGUUCUCAGCCCAGAGGAGCUGUCUUGCAUCUUCCUGAACCUGCGUCAGGUCUACGAACUUCACGCAAGCUUAUCUGAGUCCAUGAGGAAGCGCAGGGAAUCAGCGAUCGUUCAUGGCAUCGGUGACAUCAUGCUGGCCAGAUUUGAGGGUGAGGCUGGUGAGCAGUUUCAGGAGCAGGUGUCUCAUCUGUGCAGUCAGCAGAGUCAAGCGCUGGAGCUCAUCAAAAACAAACAACGCAAAGACCCCCGAUUCGCCAACCUUAUUCAGGAGUGUGAGGCCAGUCCACACUGUCGCAGACUACAGCUGAAGGAUCUUUUGGUGUCUGAGAUGCAGAGAUUGACUAAAUAUCCACUGCUGCUGGACAACAUCAUCAAACACACAAAGGUGGGUUCUGCGGACCUGCAGCUGCUGCAGAGAGCUCAGGUCUGCUGCCGUGCGAUAUUGCAAGCCGUCAACGAGGUCGUCAGGGAGACAGAGCACCGGCAUUGCCUCAGCCAAUACCAGCGCAGGCUGGACAUGACGCCCCUGGAGAGACAGACUAAUCCCAUUGCAGCACAGUUUAAGAAUCUGGAUCUGACGAGUAAGAGAAUGAUCCAUGAAGGACCGCUCACAUGGAAAGUCAGCAAAGACAAAGCGAUUGAGAUUCAGGCACUCUUGCUCUCAGAUCUGUUAGUGCUGCUUCAGAGGGGUCCAGAUGACCGGCUCAUCUUGCGCUGUCCAUCAAGAUCAUUGGGCGGGGGCGGGGCUACAGACCUCAAAGCUCCAUUCUCUCCUGUCGUCUGCCUCGACUCGUUGCUCAUCCGAUCAGUUGCUACAGAUAAUAAGGCGCUUUACGUGAUCAGCACAUCAGAGAGACAGAUCUAUGAGCUGGUGGCCGGGACAUCCUCAGAGAAGAACAAUUGGAAAGACCUGCUUGAAAAGACUAUCGCUUCAGCCACUCAAGGGGCAGGCGAAGCCAAACAAGGAUCGUCUGUGCCGUCAUCAGGUGUGCGUUCAUCUGCCAAUCAAUUACAUAUAUCACUGUCAGAGGAGUCUGUGCAUCUGGAGAAGGACUCUGCUAGUGUUGAUGAAUGUGCUCUCACACCAACCACACCGGCAGAUGUGUCUGAAGUAUGUCAUCAGGACAGGGAUGUCUGCCUUAAAGCAAAAGCUGGUGUUGCAGAAGCUGCUCUUCAAGACGUGGAGACCCUCAGACAGCUGAUCUUCAGGGGUCUUGAGGAUGGAUGGAAUCAAGAUUCAGACGACACACCCACAAAUGAAACGGCCAAUGAAAGAAGUCCUUUUGCAGACAGAGUGGGGCCAGAGGUUUCUGAACCUGCCCCUAGUGAGAGACCCAACCAGUGGGUGGAGGAACAUGUUGAGGUGUUGCAACCUACUGUUCAGGUUGUGAGGAAAGUUGUGGGUGCGGGCUCUUCUAUUCCUGACGACAUAACUGAUGAUGUCACCAACCAAUCCUCACUGGAGAGAGGAAACAUGUUUUAUCUGGUCAUGCCCAAAGACCAAGACGGUGCUCUCACAGACGAGAGCAGCACAGAUACCAUCAAAGACUCGGACACACCUCAGAAUCAGUAUCAGACUCGGAGUGUGUUCUCAACACCCUUUAUUGGUGAGGAAGAACAACAAGAGGCUCCCUGCCUGUCUCAAACAGACCAAUCACUGACUGAGAACCAGAAUCAAGGGGUAGGGCUCGGCCAAUCACACGCUAACAUCCAGUGGCACGUGGUCAAGAACGUGGACGAGAUCUUCCACACGAUUGAGGAGCUGAUGAGGAAACUUCAGCAACUUAGGGACAUUGAAGCAGACCACUACAAACUCCAGAAGAAAUUAAGAAAGCCUCUUUCUGUUGAUAAAGGGUCAAGUGACCUCUUCCACAAGUCUCCCACAGCAGUCGGAAUACCAGCACUGGACCGUGGAGCAGGCGAUGGCAAAGAGGGCAUCUCUGCAGAACCACCUCAGCCAGAAAUCCAGUCUACUGGGUUCUGACAUAUUACACUGGACCUAUUCAAGAUUCUCUCAUACACAGACAAACACAUGUAUGCAGAGCGCACUGAUGAUGUAGUCCCUUCCCAGCAUGCCUUGUGCCUGGAAGCACAAUCCAGGUUGAGUAGUGUGUUGUUUGUGUCAAUCAGAAAAUCGGGACUUGAGACAGGGCAGACGACCCUUCGGCCUGCAUCUAGAAAGAGACAAAUUAUGAAAGAAAAGAUUCAAGUGGAUUCUAAUAACGCAUUGGAGAACGUAGUUGUGAAGUGAUGAACAGGAAGUGAAAUAAAAGUAGAAUAAUGUAAUGAACAAUAGUGUGGCUGAAGACAUGACUCUGUCUUUUGAAGGAAACCCCAGCAUUUUACCUGCUGCUAUACAUGCUUGUCAUCCAUUCAGCUAAUCAGGAAACUCAGAAUCCAAACAGGCACCAUUUUGGCUCGGACACAUUGUGAGCCAUAUCACCCUAAGCCAAGAUGGUGGCGUCGACCAUGGUAUGGCUUUGACAAAUCCAGGUUCUUUUGCACUGGGACCCCUGUGGAAAAUAUGGGGUGCAAAUAAGGAUGUCUCACAAAUAUCAUCAUUUGUUAAUAUUGUGGCCAGUAUUUCAUAGAAUAACAUUAAUUGAAAGAAGGAAAAAGAAAAGAUGAAGGUUUUAUUUUGAAGUUUUCUUUUUUUGUGCUAUGGAAGAAAUAAAGAUUUCAACAAAUGUUUGUUGUUUCUAUGCACAGUGUUUCCUCCUGACAGUUCAUGACUGGACUGUUUUAUGAAAUCUAUUAUCUGACAUCGUCACAUGACCUUCAAGCAGACAUGUUGUUUUACAUGUAAAUACUGUGAACUUUUGUCCCUCAUGGUUUACCGUAGUUCAGUCGUAGCUCUCAACAGGUGUUUAAAACACACAUGAAAGUAUCUGGAACUCCAAGUAGAAAAACGUAAAUUUUACAUUUGGAAAUGCAAAUAUCUUUAUAUAAGUGUUUAGCAUGUAAAGCUAACCUGCGAAAGGAUGACCAUUACCACACCUAAAACAAGUUUGUGUGUCUGUGUGUAUAUAUAUAUAUAAUUGUUUUCUUAAAUGUAUGGAUAAAUACUCUGUAACUCAGGUGGAGAAAACUGAUUUCUCUUUUUAGUUUUAAUGCCCUUUUCCAAUUUAUUUAUUUUAUUUUUCCUUUUCUCUGGCUGUUUGUUUCCCUUUAAGCUUAUGUUUUCUUUCUUCCCUCAUUCAUCCAUUUUUCCAUGUUUAUUCAUAACUGUCAACAACUCACCAAUUUGUAGAAUUAUGCUGCACAAUGCAAUUCAUACUCGUGCAAACUACUGUAUGUAAACUUUUAUUUUUAUUGACAGUCACAUGUAAUAUAGAGUUCACAGCCUGUUUUAUAUAUUAAUUUACUGUAAAGCUCUAAUCAUUUCUUUAAUUUUAUUUUUGUAGACAAAUGGUGUGUAAAUUAUUUUCUCCCUAUCUUUUUAUGGUGAGAUUAUUAGAUGCACUGAAAGAAAAUGAAAAACUCAUGUUAAAAAAAAAAAAAAAAGUAUUUGUUUUGUGAAAUUAAAAAUAUUUAAAAAUAUA